UUGGCAGCGCAAUUGUCCGGAAAUUUGCAAGACAGCUUUUAUACGACUUUCAAAACCCGCCAAACUUAUCGCGAGAUCUCCCCGCCUUCAACCCCUCUCUGCAAUAUAUUGGAAAGGGUUCCCCUACCAAGCUAGCCGUCUAUCAGGUACUCACCUACUACCUACUCUUUAGAACAGUAGGUUCUGGCCUAGGCUUACUGCCGGGGCCAAUUACAUAGUCCCAAUGCAUCACACUCGUCGCAAAUCUGGCCAUGCCGCGACCAAUAACUCAACGACUGAAGCCCGCAGGGCGGUCACAGCUUCGGAUGCGAAGCCCAGACGGCCACAAACGUUGACUAGGAAAUCAACGCCGCAAACUGUGCUAAAACUGGGUAAAAGCCCAAAGGAUCGCGAAAAGGAAUUGGAAGAAGAACGCUGGUUCGAUGAUGAGCGAGAAACCUUUCCUCAAUUCUGGGUGAGAUCGGGAUCCCUUUUUCUCUCCUUCUGCGCGACACUUAUGCCACUUCAGGCAAUCUACGUGGGCUGCGUCACCACUCGAUCAAGCCAUGCGGGUGAUCAACGCUGGGGGUGUCUUGUUAUGACCUGCGAAAAGCAAUUCACCCCACAAGAUGAGAAGAUUUUAUAUUGCUCGGAGGCGUGUCGCGAGCGUGACCAAGAUACAAGUGUCAGAGUAUCGUCAUCGCGCAAUUCGUCCAGGGGACAUGAGGGCUUCGGAGCUGGUUUACCGUAUUAUUCGGUUGGAAACUCGGAACCCCGAGACAUCAUCCCGCGCGCCUCACCGUCUCGUUGGUCGCCUCCCACAACACCAACAACCGGACAGCACAGCAAUGCCAUCUCAGUCCUGAGGUCAUUAAGCAUACUGCCGGUAACCCCGACUUCGCCGCUAACAGGCAAUAUAUCAGGCAAUGCAGGUUUGCCGUUUACGCGCAGUGCUGUCACCAGCCCCAGUACGUCGUACACGAAAUCGGCCAAUCACUUCUACUCCUCAACUUACGAUAACGGCUAUGCAGUUACGGGCUAUGGAUAUCCCCAAGGUGGAAUGACGGACCGACCAUUACCCUCCAGAAAGCCGGGUGCCUACUCGAGACCUAAGAGUAUCGAGUUAGUUACACCGAUAGUUGGCCGCUGAGCGGGUGGUCUAAAAAACGAGUUCUGGCCCGCCAUAGUGCUGACGUGAGCUUCGGAGAGUUUUUUUAUACGCAUCGCCCGAUUUUGUCACGCUCAGCAGGUCAACUCAACGCAUUGGCGUGGGGAGUCGAUUACAGUUACGUCGAGACCUUCGGUCUCGUUACAUCAACCAAAUGCGGGGGUGGUUUCCAGAUACACAAAUCUGGGCCAGGAGAUAACAGUACAUACUACUCCCCCACGGCCUCGAUAUUACACCUCGUCAUUAUACUUACAACCAACGAC